AUGUCUGCCCCAAUCAACAAGGAGAAGGUCCAAGAGCAAGCCCAAGAGAUCCACAAGAUCAAGAUCACCUUGACCUCCACCAAGGUCAAGGCCUUGGAGAAGGUCUGUGCCAACAUCGUCAAGAACGCCAACGACAACCAAGUUGUCAAGAAGGGUCCUGUUAGAAUGCCAACCAAGGUCUUGAAGAUCACCACCAGAAAGACCCCUAACGGUGAGGGUUCUAAGACUUGGGACGCUUACGAGAUGAGAAUCCACAAGAGAGUCAUUGACUUGCAAGCCCCAGCUUCCCUCGUCAAGAAGAUCACCGUCUUCAACAUGGAGCCAGGUGUGGACAUUGAGGUUACUGUUGCCGCUUAA